UUGCCGCCCAGCUGCACGUGUAAAUUCCAAAGCAGCCAACGCAGAGAUCUUCGUAAAUAAACGAAUUUUAGGGCAAUCCCGGCAAGCACCAUGAGUUCAGACGAGUCCAGCGAUGGAUUGGAGGAUCUCAAGGACCUGAUGGCCCUGUACGGCAAGCAGGAGCAGGAGAAGCAGAAAGAGGAGCAAAAGAAGCGCUUCAUUCCGAAAGCCUCGCAGGCCAAGGAGCUCAACUAUGUGGAGGUUCCGAUGGAAAAGGUGAUCUUCGGGGACAGGCAGCGCUUCCUCAGCAAUCUGGCCAAGUCCGUGGGCCAAAAGUGGCAGCCAAGCGACGGCGAGGACGACGACAAGGAGCAGCAUCCCGACCAGAAGAAAAAGGGAGAGAAGCGGAAGGCGGCCUGGUCGGAUUCCGAUGACGAGGACAUCCAGGUGGGCGAUGUCAAGAGGGCCACUAAGCACACGGGUCCCCUGAAUCACCUGCGCAAGGACAAGUCCUACAAGGAGUACCUCACGGCGCGAUUCCAUCGCACACUGAACCAACCCAAGUGGGCGGAAAAGAAGGUGAAGGUAGAAGGCGAGGACGACCUUUCCUCCGACGAAGAACUGCUCCAGACAGUGGGCUUCAUCGACCGCAAGGCCCGGAGAAGCGACCUGCCCCAGAAAACGCUGAACUUCAAGCAAGUUAAGGACCUGAACAGAGCCACCUACUCGGAGGGCGUGGUAACCAACAUUCAGUUCCAUCCCACCAGCACGGCAGCACUCGUGUCUGGUGAGAACACCGUAGCCAACAUCUACACGGUCGACGGCCAAAAGAACGAGAAGCUGCACAGCAUGCGCUUCAAGAAGUUCCCGCUGCUCUGCACCCGGAUAGCUCCCUGCGGCACGAGGGCCUACUUUGGAUCGUUUAGGAAGUUUUUCUAUUCUUACGAUCUGCUGGAGGCCAAGGAAAUUAAGCUGGCCCUGCCUGGCGAGAUGGUAGGCAUGCGCCGCUUCGAGGUCUCGCCGUGUGGCAAAUUCAUCGUCACCGCCGGCAAAUAUGGAGCCAUUCAUCUACUUGCGGCCAACACAAAUGAGCUGCUGCACAGUUUCAAGCAGGAGGGCAAGGUCAAGGGCUUCACUUGGUCCGGAGACUCCAAAAGGAUCCUUGUCUGCGGCUCCGGUUCCGAUGUUAAUGUUUUAAGCCUCCGGCAGAACCUCACAGAGCACAGAUUCCUGGACGACGGCUGCAUCCAUGGACAGAGCAUCCAAUUGUCGCCGAAUCAACGCCUCCUGGCCACCGGCAGCCAGGAGGGCGUGGUCAACAUCUACGACUACGAGAGUGUGUUCUCCUCCACAGCCCCACAGCCGGAGAAACGCUUCAUGAACCUGAGGACCAGCAUCACGGAUCUCCAGUUUAACCACUCAUCUGAGUUGCUGGCCAUGUGUUCCGCCGAGGCACCCAAUGCCGUGAAGAUGGCGCACUUCCCCAGUGCCACCGUGUUCUCCAACUUCCCGGAACAGCACUUGAAGGUGGGCCAUGUGGACACCAUAGCCUUCUCGCCGCACAGCAGCUUCCUGGCCCUUGCCACCAAAAACAAGCGUGUGCCGCUCUAUAGGCUUAAGUACUUCAAGGGAUAUUAAUGGAAGGCUGUAUGAUUUAAAUAAAAUAUUAUGUGAAAAUGUGUGUUCUUUCA